AUGGUCUACGGCGCCGCGCUGAUAGCUCAGGCCUUGAGAGACCUGGGCGUGCAGGUACUGUUUGGUCUGCCUGGCCUCCCAGUGAUCGACAUCGCUCAAGAGGCGAUGAACCUGGGCAUCAACUUCAUCAGCUUUCGAAACGAGCAAGCCGCUGUACUCGCAGCUAGUGCAUAUGGGUAUCUGACGGCAAGACCUGGUGUCGUGGUCUGCGUCGGCGGACCGGGCGUCUUGAACACGAUGGCUGGGAUUCCGCACGCCGCAGCCAAUGCCUGGCCAAUACUGAUUCUCGCCGGGAGUGCGGAAACACACAAUGCCAACAAAGCCGCCUUCCAGGAAAUGGACGCUAUCAACCUCGUCUCACCUCACUGCAAGCUUGCGCUUCGCCCACCUUACCCACACAUGAUUCCAGACUUUAUUCGGGAUGCAUACCGAGCGGCAUUCUUCGGCAGACCCGGACCGACUUUCGUGGACCUACCAGCGAAUCUGAUCCUGGGGACGUUCAAGGAAUUAGAUGGAGGCAAGGCGAAGCGUCUGAGGAGGAUUGAAGAAGUGCCAAGGGGCAUGGCUGAUCAGGUCGGCGUGAGGAGAGCUGUAGAAGCACUGAUGGGCGCGAAAUCGCCUCUAGUGGUGGUUGGUAAAGGUGCAGCUUACGGGAGGGCGGAAGGACCGAUCAGAGAAUUCGUCGAGAGGACGCGAAUACCAUUCCUACCCACGCCGAUGGGCAAGGGCAUCCUCCCUGACUCUUCCCCACUCAACAUCUCUGCUGCUCGCUCCACGGCACUGAAGCAUGCCGACGUGGUUCUCCUGCUUGGUGCUCGAUUGAACUGGAUACUAUCAUUUGGCCUGCCACCAAAGUGGGCACCGAACGUCAAGAUUAUCCAAGUCGACCUCUCCGCCGACGAGCUCGGCAAGAACGGGCACGAUCCCUCGCUCAGCCUUCUCGGUGACGUUGGCCUGGUCUGCGAACAGCUGCUGCAAGCACUAAGUGGCGGCUGGCAAUACGAUGCGGCACAAAAGGGCAAGUAUUGGCAGGCGCUUAAGGAGACGAAAGGCAGAAAUGAAGCGAAGGCGAGGAAGAAGGCGGAGAGCAGCAAGGUGCCCAUGACUUACGAACACGCCUUCCAAAUCAUCAAGAAGGAAGUGGACAGCUUUCGCCGCAGGAGAAUGGGGAUGUUGUGUAUGUGA